AUGGAGAACGGCCUUCGCAAUGGAAAAGGCACACAGAAGUUUAUGAAGGACAAUGAAGAUUAUACGUUGGAGUGCACUUGGGAGAACAACAAAAGGAAUGGAGAGGGAGUGUUGCUGGACCCGAACGGCGUUAUGGCUAUGAAACUCUUCUUUAAGGACGAUGUUGUCAAUGGCGAGGGAACUCUCUUCUCGAACGGUCAGGCCACCUUCAAGGGAACCUGGAAGGAUGGCAAACGCACGGGUCAUGGUGUUGAGUUUGUGAAUGGCCACGUGGUGUACGAUGGCAACUACGAAAACGACCAGCGCAACGGCUACGGAAUCGAAUACGACGAUGAGAACCAAAUCGCUUUUGAAGGCGAAUGGGUGAACAACAACCGCGGUUUAAAGUCAGUAAUCCGCACGAAGAAGGGCGAGCGCCGCCUAAUCGAGAAAGACGAGGCUGGAAACGACCGCUUCAUUGGAGGUUGCAAAGAGAAUUCGUUGGAACGCGACGGUUUUGGUACGGAAUUCGACGCGGAAGGGAACCCGAUUUUCGAGGGAAUCUACAAAGACAACGCGCUGGAGCGGAAAGUGAAGGAGUUCAAAGGGAAGGAGAUCGUGCUGUACGACGAAGAGGGCAAAAAAGUGUAUGAAGGAGAGUAUCUGAAUAAAAAAGAGCGACACUACCCUGCGAAUGGGCAAGGAAAGGAGUUUAAGAACGGAGUGAUGGUGUAUAAGGGUCAGUUUAAGAAUGGAGUGAGGGAAGGAAAGGGCUGCAGCUACUAUGCGAAUCAUUGCUUGAUGUACGAUGGGUAUUGGCAGAAUAAUAUGGCGAAUGGGCAUGGGAAGUUCCAUAAUGAUGAAGGAAUGGUGGUGGUGGAGGGCGAUUUCGAGAAUAAUAUGUACCAGGAUGAUACGAUCUGCGUGCAUGUGGAUUCGGGAAAGAUUGAUCAGAUUAAGAAGAUGAAGGGAUGCUUCUGCUAA